CCGCUCGCAUACGGCCACACUGGCACACACUGAUAUCUUCGCCAAUUGAAGUGAAUCCACUUUCUUCGGUAAAUUCCAUUGUUUGUGUUUAACUUGGCGCCACCCCCUCCAACCACCGGAAUCCAGCGUUGACAUGGCAACGGGGCGGACGAGCGCCAGCAUUUAGUGUCCAGCCAGCGACGAGCAAUGACCGUUUGGGGCAUAGAGGCCAUCACACUGAACGGAUCGGCGACAAGGGAAAGCGGGGAGCAGCACCUGGCUGAAAAGGACGUGGGCGAUCGUGACCGUGAUCGUGGUCGGGUGAUUCCGGAAGCGGGAGCCAUGAACUCCAUAGAGCGCUACCGGCAGGAGUGGACACAGCUGCUGGAGAACCUCGAUGCCGAGCCGGAGGUACUCCGGCAGUCGGCGUUCGCCGGCGACCUGAAGAUGUCCAAAUUCCGCAGCGUUCACUGGGCCCUCCUGCUGCGCGUCCUCACCUCAGAGCACCGGAGUUGGAUCGGCCAGCGACUCCAGCAGCGGGUGCGGUAUGACAAGUUCCGGGCGGACUACGUCCGGAAUCCCCACCAACUGGCCGUCGACUGCAACGAUGAUCCGCUGUCGCAGUCGACGCAGAGCGUGUGGAACCAGUACUUCAGCGACCAGGAGCUGUUCGCCGUCAUCCGGCAGGAUGUGGUGCGCACCUUUCCGGGCGUGGACUUCUUCCGUAAGCCUCUGGUGCAGAACGCCAUGGUCAACAUACUGUUCUACUACGCCAGGGAGCACCCAUACAUGUGCUAUCGGCAGGGCAUGCACGAGAUCCUGGCUCCCAUCAUCUUCGUGGUCUACAGCGAUCACCAGUCUCUGCUGCACUUCAGCGAGCUGGCCAAGACGGACAUUAAUCCCACGCUGCUUGACGUGCUGGACCCCGCCUAUCUGGAGGCGGAUACCUACUCUUUGUUCUCACGCCUGAUGGCCUCCGUGGAGUCGUACUAUCGCGUCUCGAAUCUGGUCUCCACUCCCGGUGGCCACAUCGAGCAGCGGGCCGAGGUACGUCGCAGUUUGCGGGUGCAGCAACCCAACCCUUAUCGCUACCCAUCCCUCUUUCAGACCCCCGGGGACAAUGAGUCGCCGACGGAGGCGGAGGUUAUCAGCCAGCUGAACUUCAUACGGGACAAAAUACUUGCCAAGCAGGACCAGCACUUGCACCACUAUCUCCAAAAGAUGGAAAUCCCGCUGCACAUAUUCGGCAUUCGCUGGCUGAGACUUCUCUUUGGACGGGAAUUCAUGCUGCUGGACCUGCUGCUGCUGUGGGAUGCAAUCUUCGCGGACAGCGAUCGCUUCGACCUGCCCAACUAUAUUCUGGUGGCCAUGCUGGUGCACAUCCGCGAUAAGCUGCUGCUCAGCGACUACACCACAUCGCUGACCUAUCUGAUGCGCUAUCCGGGGAACGUGGACGUUCAUCUGGUGCUGCGACAUGCCCUCUUCAUGCUCAACCCCAAGCAGUUCGACUAUCCCUCGAACGCCUUCACCUGUGUGUCCUUCGCCAACAGCGGUGCAGGCAAGGAAGGGCUUCCUCCUGCGGGUCAACGGCCGCGCACUGCAUCAGAAACCUCAGCCGGAGCCACCAGUGGCAGCCAGAUCGAUCGGCAAAUCACCUUUAUGCAGGAGCGCAAUGCGGCGAAUUCUUCGGCUCUGGCCAAACUACAGGAUUCCCAUCGCGUGGCCAUGGAUGGAUACUUGGAGAAUAGUCCCGAGCUACUCCGAUUGGAGCUGAAGAAUGCCCAAACGGUUAUAAAGAUUGCGCGCAGCAAGCUGCAGAAUUACCUGGGCACUGUGCGACAUCACGUGGGAAAGCAGGCGAAUGGAAACGAGGAGCUUAGCCGGACGCUGGACGGGAUUGAGGAGCUGUGCAGCUUCCUGGACGUCAAGUUCAUGUUCCCGCUGCACGCCCGCUCAGCGCCCAUCGACCAGGCACUGGAGGCCAACGAGCAGAAGCAGCUGAACACGGCCAGUCUGGCGCCGAAAGCUACGCCCUCGCCCACUCCCAAUCCCACAACGGUUCAGCUUCCGCAUUCUGCAACUGUUGGCUAUCAGAUGCCCGAGAACGCCUUCAUGCACAGCUCCAUGCGUCGCCUGCUCGGGGAGCUGCGCGAAAUCGAGCUGUCCACGAUAACGAGCGACGAGAAGCCGGGAGAAGCGGUGCUCCAAAACGGAUUGCCGGCUGCAGAGCCCCAGCAGCGGCACCAGAACGAAUUAAGCUGAUCGAAAGAUCCUCUCCUAUCGACUGAACUUGAAUUUAGACUUAAACAGAGCAACCACAAAGUGGCUAAAUCGGAAUAAUUGAAGAGUAUCAUUUAAAGACAUACGAUUAAAAUAUAUUUUCGACUUGGGCCAGUCUGUAAACCUAAUAAAUCAACCCAAUUUAUAA